GGCUGGGGGAGAGCACCUGCCGCCCGGGGUCACGGGGGCUGACGGCCGGGGCGCCCGGAUGUGGCCGCGCGGCCAAGGCGGCGGGGGCGGCGCGGACGUGAAGACCGCCAGCAGGCGCGGGAAGGGCUCCCGGGGCACAAGGGCUCGUCCGCGGCCCUCGCCGCUCCGCCGCUUCCCACGCUCCAACCGUCCCAGCCCCGCCGGCCGCUUCCUCGCCCUCCCCUCGUCCGCGCCGGGAAGGCCGCCUCACCUGCUCGCAGCGCCCGACUUGGCGGCCGGGGCUCCUGGCAGCGGGAAGCUGCAAGCGGAACGCAUCACGGCCACCGCAGCGCGGCGGCAGCGGCAGCCACACGGACCCGGCUUCCUGGAGGAUCCGUUCCUUUCCGGGAGCCGCACCGCCACCCGGCUCUUGCCCGUGCGCGUCACCGCCCGCUCCCGGGGCGCGCACGCCGUGGGGGCGGAGGGGAGAGAAGCGCGGCGCGAGGGGUGGGGCUGCGCCAGGGGCGGGGCCUGUGCCCCGAUGAUUGGCAUGGAGUGCAGCGCUCUUCCCAGGGUAAUGACCCGCGGGCAGCUCGCCUCUGAGAGUGCGGGAGGUGACAGCGGUGUCAGAGAAGUAAAGGGUGACAGCAGAAUUCUGCCCCCACAGCUGUGUCUGCAUCCUGUCCGUUUCCGUGUAGCUGAGUGGCCCGCCCAGCUGGAGCUCCGCGUGCCUGCCAUCCUCCCAAGCGCUUUGCUGGCGGAGCCAUUUCUAGGAGGAGAAGUCACGUCGAGUGUGGGCCCUGGCCUGGAUUAUGCCCCUCCGGUCACAGGGGAAGCCAGGUGGAUGGCAACUGUCUAUAAAGGGUCACCUACCGCUCAGGCCGUGAGUGGAAACACGGAGGGGAGGCCCCACCCAUUCUGGUGAUGUGGUGGGGCUCCCAGGAUCCCUGUGGGUGGAUGAGCCGAAGGUCUUCUGUGCACCAGGAAUGGGAGUCACUUUGUUUUCCCCUUGCCUCACAUUCUCCGUCCACCGGAAUCAGCGGAAUUUCCUGCAGGCCGGCAGUGCUCCCUGACUUCGGGAGCGGUGGCAAGGGACUGGUUUUCUUGUGCUUUCCCAACAUCUCUCCAUGACAUUUUCGCUGUUUCCCCACCUCCCAUAGUGACCCUGUGCUUGUCCCUACUGUAAUCACACAAUAAUAAGAACCACAACAAAACUCAACUCCUAUCUACUGAGCAUGUCAGCCUUAGUAAAUCUUCAAACCAUGCGGAGUAGGUAUGGUCACCGCCAUCUUAUAGUUGAAGAUAUGGAGACGUAGAGAAGUCAAGAAACUUGACCAAGGUCACCCAGCUGGUAAGUGGCUGUUCAGAACCAUGUGGACCUGCUUCACAGUCUGGAUCACUCUUGGCAAUUUCUCCCCAACUCAAUAUACCAAUCCUGUGUUCCAUCAAUUAGGUCCACCAACCGAUAUGUGUCUACAGAUUCCAACUGCCCCUACCCCCAACCCACCUAUGGGCCUGGGCACCUGGAGGGAUUCAAAAAGCAGGAAGCCAUAGCCCCUGCCCCUGCGUUCCAGAGGAGCUGGCUAAGGAGACAAGACAAAGACCAGAAAUUCACAUCCAACCUCUUUGCCACCUUUGCCAAGUCACUUCCUCUCUCGGGGCCUCAGUUUUCUUCUCUGCAAAAUGAACUGGUUGUACUAGGAGAUCGCAAGUACAAAAUCCUACUUAUCUGUGAUCAACUAAGCACAGCCCACCUAAUAAGAAGGUGGGGAUACUGGGGCCCAGGGAUUAGGACUGUCCCCAGGAAAACAGCUAGAGCAAAGCCAGAAAAGAAAACCAUGAGAUUUGAUCCUUAGAAGAAAACUGCCUGGUUACUAAUAGGACUAACACCCAAGAAUGAACCCAGUGGAGGCCCUGUAUAGGGAGGAGGCUCACUGCUUCCAGGUGCUUCUGUAGCUGACAGAGACCAGAGAGCUUCAUGCUGAUGUGGGUUUCUCCUUAGUUCUUGGGCACUGACGGAAAAGUAAGCUGCUUGCUUCUGAUCCUUUUGCUUCUACCUGUACUACAGGGUGUCCUGAGAGCAGUCAGCCUCUAGAUCUGUCAUUUAGAAGCCAUUUUCCUUAGAAGGCAGGGGCCCAGUUGGCAGGCUGCCUUCCUUGCGAGGCACCUGGGUAUAAAUGUCCACGGCUCGCGGUGUGUCCUAGAGAAGGGAGUGUUGGCAUUGGUUAUGGAGGAAGGGGAUAAGUGGCUUGUGGACAGAUUUUGUUGCAAAGUUUCUUUCUUAGUUGUGUUGCCCGUUUUCCCCAUGCUGAUAUGGAAGGCACAUUUUGAACCUGGGUGACAGUUUUUGCCCCUCCUGACCAUAUCUUGUAACAAUGGGGUAUGAGGCCACUUUAGAUUUGUGGGCCAGAAUGCCAUUUAUAUGACACUGUGCACACAUUUUCUCAAUCUGUAUGUAAAUUAUUAUCGGUAUAUAAUUAGAGCGAGGUGGGAUACUCGUCAUAAUGCCCGUUUUACAGGUGGGGACACUGAAAUUCAAGGAACUGAUGUGCUUAAAUCAUCCAGUGUGAUAUCCAGGGCAAGGUGGGCUCAAAUGGUCUUUUCUAUCUUCUCAGAGCCUGCGAACCCACACUCUCUCAUAUUUCUUUUUUCUUUUUUCUUCUCAUUCAUCCCUUUGCCCCCUUUAUACCCAAAGCUCUUCUAUACAUGGACUUCACUCACUCCUUCAACUAAUGACAUGGAAAGCCAUUGCUUUCUAUGCCCUCACUGGGCUCUCAGUUUAGGAGAGAGACGAUCAGAGGGUAGGCUUACCUCGCUUUGUCUAUUAUAAUCAUAUGAAUCUAUAUUUGCGAGGUGCUUUUAAGUUUUAGAAAUUUAAAAAAAAAUCACAGGCGUAAUUUCAUCACUGAGGAUAUGGUAGGAAGGCCAAACAGGGUUUAAAAGGGAGGGCAGCUAUUUCCCCAAACACCUCCUUUGCCGGGUACUUCACGUACAGUAACUCAUUUCUUUUCCGGGACAGCCCUGCCCGGGAGCUGUGGUUACUCCUCAGAUUGGUUAAGCAACUUGCCCAAGGUCACCCGGUUAGCAAGUCAGAUCCAGGAUUUCAAAGCAGACCCAUCUGUUCCCCAGCUACCCUUCUGUGGCUGUGGCAGAUCUCCCCACUGCCAAUCCAGCACCAUCUCUGAUUCCAGGACGUGGGGCUCAGAUGUCAUAUGGCUCCACGGUUUGAAGUGUAUCCUUGGUCCAUCUCACUGUAAAUGCCCUGAGAACAAGGCCACCCCAAAAGCUGUCCGUGUCCCAAUCUCUGGGACUUUAUAUGGUAACAGGGACUUGCAAGAGUGAUGGAUAAAGGGCCCUGAGGUGGGGAGAUCAGUCUGACUUAUCCAGGUGGACCCUUGUAAUCCCAAGGUCCUUCCAGGGGGAGGUGAGAAGGUAGAGGAGGAAGGAGGAGAGGUGAGGGGGGAAGCAAGAGGGUGAAGUGAGGGGAAGGGGCUAGGAGACAAAGGAACACGGGUCACCUGCAGAAGCUACAAAAGGCAAGGAAACAUUCACCCCGAAAGCCUCCAGAAAGACCCCUCCAGGUCGACAGCUUGUCCAGUGAAACUGACUUCAGACUUCUGGCCUCCAGAACUCCAGUAAGACCCUGUUUGUUCUUUUAAGCUUCCAUUUUGUGGUCCUUUGUUAGAGCAUCCAGAGGAAACUGAUACAAGUACUACUUACCCACUUAAGAGAAUACCUAAAGCCUUUAAAGAGUGUCCUUUUAUAUGUAAAUGAUCUACAGCAAUUCAUUGUAUGCCAAAGCCAAGACCGGCUCUUGGAUAUUUGAAUUAAAAAUCAUUAAAAAACA